AUCGUUUCUUAGGUCUCUCUCCCAUCGCUGCCUCACAUGCAUUGCUCCCUCCUCGAAUCCCUGUAUAUUUUUUCCCCAUCCUCUCCUCUCACUCUCUCUCUCUCUCCUGGCUUGGCUUUGUUUUUUAUGCCACAGCUCCUCAUUGAUUUGGUGAACAACUCCCUUCUUCCAAAUAAAAGGUAGCAGGUGGUCCUUAAAACAACGCCACCUUCCCCCAUCUUCCCCUCCCGUUCCUCUUUCUCCUCCUCUUUUCUCCUGUUCCUCUCUCUCUCUCUCUCCUUUCCCUCCGUCUCCUCUUAUUAUCCUCUCCAUUGAGAAAUGCUUUGCUCCAAGGCCCCAGCAUGAGCUCACCAAGCAGAAGCCUCCAUUCCGGAUGGAGAUAUACUGUCUCUCCUGUAACUCUUUUGCUUUGCUUUCUUCUACUCCUACCUUGUCAAAUAUUUGCUCUUAACUCGGAUGGAGCGUUGCUGCUCUCCUUCAAGUACUCCAUCCUCAGCGACCCCCUCUCGGUGCUCGGCGACUGGAACUACGAAGACGACACUCCCUGCUCCUGGAAUGGGGUCCUGUGCAUGGGCUUCCCAUCCGCUAAGACCACGAGUUUCAAUUGGAACACUAGUAGUGAUGCAGAGUUUGGGAUACCCGCCUCUUCUGCUUCUAGAGUGAUUGGCUUGGUCCUCCCCAAUUCCCAGCUGCUGGGCUCCAUCCCUGCCGACCUCGGCCGCAUCGAGAACCUCCGCCACCUCGACCUCUCCGGAAACUUCCUCAACGGCACCCUCCCAUCCACGCUCUUCAACGCCUCCGACCUCCGCAUCCUCUCGCUUUCCAACAACGUGAUCUCCGGAGAGCUGCCCGAGCUCGUCGGCGAGAUGAAAAGCCUCCAGUGUCUCAACCUCUCCGACAACGCCUUGGGUGGCAGAGUUCCAAGCAAUCUGACGCUGCUUCCCAACCUCACCACUGUCUCUCUUGCCGGCAAUUACCUCUCCGGCGAGCUCCCUAGUGGAGGUUUCGAGCAACUUGAGGUCUUGGAUCUGAGCUCCAAUCGUAAUGGGUCCCUGCCGCCGGAUCUCGGCGUGAAAAACCUCCGGUUCCUGAAUUUGUCCUCCAACCGGCUCGCCGGCGUGAUCCCGCCGGAAGUAGCAUCAAGAAUUCCGGCCAAUGCCUUGAUCGAUCUAUCCUUUAAUAAUCUCAGUGGAGAGAUCCCGCAGUCCGGAGCUUUCCUCGCACAGAAGCCGAUGGCCUUCUCGGGGAACCCGGAUCUCUGUGGGAAGCCACUGAAGAACAUGUGCAUGAUCCCUUCCAGCCUCUCCAAUCCUCCCCCUAAUGACUCCAAUGCAACUCCGCCGGUGCCGAAUUCUCCUCCGGCCUUCGCCGCGAUACCCAAGAAUCCGGAUGGGACUUCGGCGCCAGGAUCGGCCGCGAGCAGCGGAGGGCAAGGGGGGCUUAGGCCAGCAGCAGCCGUGGCGAUCGCCGUCGGAGAUCUCACCGGGAUCGCGCUUCUAUUUGUAGUGUUCUUCUAUGUUUACCAAGUAAAGAGGAAGAAGAGAGAGCUCCAACGGCAACAGCAGAAAGGAGAUAGAGGGCUCGGGCUGAAGCGAAUCGAAAGAGACAACAGGGAUGAAACGCCGCCAUCAGCGUCUCCUGAAUCUAGAGGGUUAGGUCGCUUGUCAUGGUGUUUGAGAAAGAAAGGUGGGGACAGCGAUGACACCGAAGAGGGCUCCGAAACCUCGGCAUCCUCCGAAACAGACGCAGAGGAGGAUGAGCUACACAAAAGAGGAAAGGAGGAAGGGGAUGCCAAAACCCACGCACAUCAGAAGCAGCAGGGAGCUACUCUCGUCACGGUUGAUGGAGAGCCUGAGCUCGAGCUCGAGACCUUGCUGAAAGCCUCGGCUUAUAUACUGGGAGCGACCGGAUCCAGCAUCGUCUACAAGGCGGUGCUCGCCGACGGGACCGCUUUGGCCGUCCGCCGGAUAGGGGAGAGCAGCACCAUCGACAAGCUCAAGGAUUUCGAUGCCCAGGUCCGUAGCAUCGCCAAAUUCCGCCACCCCAAUAUCCUCCGCAUCCGUGGAUUCUACUGGGGCGCCGACGAGAAGCUCCUCAUCCACGAAUAUGCUCCCAAUGGCAGCCUCGCCAACAUCUCUUUCAGCAAGAAGCUGGGAUCGUCGCCGUUUCACCUCAACUGGGAGGCCCGGCUGAGGAUAGCGAGAGGCGUGGCCAGGGGACUCGCAUACCUCCACGAGAAGAAGUGUGUUCACGGCAAUGUCAAGCCCAGCAACAUCCUUUUGGGCGCUGAUAUGGAGCCGAGGAUCGGAGAUUUCGGGCUGGAGCGGCUCGCGUCGGGCGACAGCAGCUACAGACCAGGCACAUCGGCCAGGCUAUUUGGAAGCAAGCGGUCGGCGUUGUCCACGAGCAGCCUACCGGACCUGUCGCCCGUCGCCGGAGCCAGCCCCUGUGGCUCCUCCUCCACUCCGGCGUCGGCUCCUCCUGCGUAUCAGGCGCCGGAGUCGCUAAAGAAUCUGAAGCCCAACACCAAAUGGGAUGUUUACUCCUUUGGUAUGGUAUUGCUGGAGCUGAUUGCGGGGAGAGUGUUCUCGGAGGUGGAGCUCUGCCACUGGAACGCUGGGUUUGUGGUGGAGGAAAGGAAUAGAAUUCUGAGGAUGGCUGAUCCGGCGCUGAGAGGCGAGGUGGAGGGCAAGGAGGAAGCUUUGCUGAGCUGCUUCAGAUUGGGUUUUGCUGCUUGUUCCGUUGCCCCUCAGAGGCGGCCUUCCAUGAAGGAUGCAGUCCAGGUGUUGGAAAAGAUAACAGUCACCUCCUUCUCUUCCUAGUCUUGCUGAUAAUAGUCGUAAUAAUGGCAUCCACAUAUCCAUAGCUCUUGGUAUUUUCUGCUGUAGAAUUAAGUAAUGGAGUGCUGCCGUUAACCUGUCAUCGUAACACAACUGAUUUGGUUUGUGUUUCUUGUGCGAUAUGCUUUCAAGUGUUUGAGGGAUUUUUUUUUUUUCUUCUCUCUCUCUUUCUUUUAACUUAUUUUCGCUCGUGUAGUUUGUAAUCACCUGCCCUCCAAUUUUGCUGCUGUUGAUUGGUGUCGUAAACAAGUGAUGUCUCGUCUUGAUGUUUGUCG